ACGGCCAAUAGCGGCGUGGCCCGGUACGGGGCCGCCCUCACUCCGGCGGAUAGGCGGGGAGGCGGCCACCGGCUCCGCCCUGCUCCCCUCUGACCCGGUGUCUCGUUUCUGCCUCUUCCUGUUCCAAACCACGUGGACGCGCGGGGGGCUGCGGGGCUGCAGGGCUGCGGGAGGGAACCCCGGUCGCCACAGCUGCUGUCGCCGCCGCCACCGACGUUGCGAUCCGGCGCCUGUCUGAAGUAGCCGCCCCCCGGGUGCCCACGCCUUGCGCAGAGCGCGCACAUGGCGACUCAGACGCACUCUCUCAGCUACGCGGGCUGCAACUUCUUACGCCAGCGUCUGGUACUGUCUACUCUGAGCGGGCGCCCAGUCAAAAUCCGAAAGAUUCGGGCGAGAGACGACAACCCGGGCCUCCGAGAUUUUGAAGCCAGCUUCAUUAGGCUGUUGGACAAAAUAACAAAUGGUUCUCGAAUUGAAAUAAACCAAACAGGAACAACCUUGUAUUAUCAGCCUGGCCUCCUGUAUGGUGGAUCCGUGGAACAUGACUGUAGCGUCCUUCGCAGCAUUGGCUAUUACCUGGAGAGUCUUCUUUGCCUGGCUCCAUUUAUGAAGAACCCGUUAAGAAUAGUUCUGCGAGGAGUGACCAAUGACCAGGUUGACCCUUCGGUUGAUGUUCUUAGGGCAACGGCCCUCCCUCUUCUGAAACAGUUUGGAAUUGAUGGUGAAUCACUUGAGCUAAAGAUUGUGCGACGGGGAAUGCCUCCUGGAGGAGGAGGUGAAGUGUUUUUCUCAUGUCCUGUAAGGAAGUUCCUGAGGCCCAUUCAGCUCACAGAUCCAGGAAAAAUCAAACGUAUCAGAGGAAUGGCGUACUCCGUACGUGUAUCACCUCAGAUGGCGAACCGGAUUGUGGAUUCUGCGAGGAGCAUCCUCAACAAGUUUAUACCUGAUAUCUACAUUUACACAGACCACGUGAAGGGAAUCAACUCUGGGAAGUCUCCAGGCUUCGGGCUGUCACUGGUUGCUGAGACCACCAAUGGCACCUUCCUCAGUGCUGAACUGGCCUCCAACCCCCAGGGCCAGGGAGCAGCGGUGCUUCCCGAGGACCUGGGCAGGAAUUGUGCGAAGCUGCUGCUUGAAGAAAUCUAUAGGGGUGGAUGUGUGGACUCGACCAACCAGAGCCUGGCUCUAUUGUUUAUGACCCUGGGACAACAGGACGUCUCCAAAGUCCUGCUCGGACCACUCUCUCCCUACACGAUAGAAUUUUUGCGGCAUUUGAAGAGCUUUUUCCAGAUAAUGUUUAAAAUUGAAACGAAGCCAUGUGGUGAAGAACGCAAGGGUGGGGAUAAAGUGCUCAUGACCUGUGUCGGCAUUGGCUUCUCCAACCUUAGCAAGACCCUCAAGUGAUGCUGUCACAAAGUAGAAGGCCCUGACGCCUGCAGGCAAAGCAGAAGCUGCCAAGGACCCAAAGGGAACUAAGUUCAAAUUCAUCCAGGACAGAAUAGCCUCUUAUAUUAAGCCCUUUAAAAGUUUUCCAAUGAAAAACAAUCAGAACAUCCAAAUAAAAGACAUUUUUGUAUCAUGAGGUUUCCAGCCAUUUCUCUAGUAGCAGUGACAUUCCUUAGGAGGUCCUGUCGUGAUGAGAGCCCCCCACGGCUCACCUGGACAAAGGGCGUGCCUUCCGGACUCAGCCACGCUGCCAGACCUCCGCCACAGCUGCAUAUACCACAGCUGCAUACCGGCAGUGCUUCCUCAGCCCACGCCCAGGCUCCAUUGUGCGGCUGUCUUCCAGACCUGUGGCUCCUGUCACUGUCCUUUCUGCAAGGACUGACCUCUUUGAACCUUGGUUUCUGUGUAAGGGCUAAAUGAGGUAGUAUCGGUGGAAAGUCUUUAUGAGUAGUUCAGUGUUAUGCAAGUUUUAGAAAAUGGCCUGUCAGACUAUUUCAUUCCUUGUCUUCGGAAUGGACUCUGCUGUCUUGGAGACAGACUCUGCUCCCUGUCUGUUCACUGUGUGUGGGGCGGGGGGAGGCGGUAAGUGCCUGGGAAGGGCAGGGGUCCAAUUAAAGUCUUCAGAUAUUUUCUAUA